AUGGCAACCACAGCUAAGGACACAUUGACUGUACCCGCUGUGAUAAGCCCAAACAGGUGUUCCACCCUCUCCUCCGCCCCCUCGAUCCGAUCACAGACAGGAUUGGCAAAAAUGGAUCCGGAACUUCGGUGUCCCACAUGCUCUCGCUACUUCCUCAGUCCGAUUCUUCUACCCUGUGGACAUUCCUUGUGCACCUCAUGUGCUGUCAAUGCCUUACGUCCCGUCUCCGAUGCAACAGUCUCUGCUGCUGUUCAGGCUGUCAUCUCUGCCAAUGAGGCGUCAACUGCCUCUCAGAAACGUCCUUCUACCACCUUUGAGGCAAUAAUUCAUAACGAUCCCAACCUGGAGGGCAGUAGUUCCACCGUCAGCGGCGCUAGUCACGGAGGCACGGACUCAGAUCAACAAAGCAUUGUCAGCGAGGCCGAUUCGGGUGUUGUGAUGGCGAGUAGAGUGGGACUUUACGCUGGUCGAUUGCCAACAAUCAUUUGUCCCAAUUUACUUGGAUUUGUUCAAAUCACUCAUCCUUCAACUGUAUCCCAACAGGUCAUUCAAAGCUUAACAAACGGUCUUGCUUGUCCUCUGUGUCAUCGAAUAGUUGCCCUUAUGGAUGAGAAGGGAAUCAACCACUUACCUCGUAAUCGUGCUCUUGAACGAGUACUGGCUAAAUUGGUGGGAGAAGAAGCUGUGACUAGUGUCCUCCAAUUAGACAAUCCUGCAAGACAGGGCAUUCCAAUUUGUCAACUUUGUGACGAACCCGAUCCACUCAACAUGGAUCCACUGUCUAUUGGAGGUGCACGACUUAGUGAAAGUGGAUCUCAGGGUGGAAGUCCAGCCACAGUUUGGUGUGAACAAUGCAGCAUCUUCUACUGUGAGGAGUGUCGUGAACGGUGUCAUCCCAAACGCGGUCCUCUCCUCAAGCACGCUCUACAUCCAGCUGCUGCUGGAGCUGAAAUUGUUCGACAAAAACGCCAAAAUCAACCUCCCAUCUGUCCGGAGCAUCCACAUGAGCCUGCAAGUCUAUUUUGCAUUGCAUGUAGAGUGGCAAUUUGCAAUGAUUGUGUGCUUUCCGACACCCAUCAAACCACAUGCAUUCGUACACCCAAUUCCUACGGUCAACAUGCGCAUUCCGAGGUGCAAAUCCUCACAAAUUAUUGCAAAAAUAAAAAGGUGAGUAGAAGUGUUACACCUCCUCUUAAACUGUUAUUAUUUGUCUCUAUUGACGAUUUAACGAUGCAUAAAGUGAAUGACAGGUGA